AUGGCUAUAUACAUCAAGGAGGGUGGAUACAAUGGGAUGAACCUAUGGGUCCCCCAAACCAACCAUCUUGGCCAUAUCUCAUAUGUUGCCGUCCAAAUCUAUCAGAAGAUUGGAUUGCGGGCCAAGUACCGGGCUAUACAUCUUGGUUGGCCGAUGGAGAUCCCCUACUACCAACUGGUACCAACAAAUGAGCUCUUGAUGCACGUUGGCAUUGUAAACACACCAGGCUCGGAAACUGAGGACGUGGAGUUGAAGGAUUGCCACAUUCUCAAGGAUAGGAAUGAACUGACGCAACUUUUACCCGAGCUAGAGAAGGCCAGCAUACCGCGAGUGGGCUCCAAAACUGGAGCGGGGUCAUAA